CUGACACUGCAAUUCCUCUUGUCUGGAAUUUCCCUGGCCCCCCUCCACACUUUACAACUUCAAACCCCAACAAGCGCAUCUUCCCAGUGUCGGUUGGGGUCAUAUGCCGCCGCUUCAGGCAAAUUCACAGCGCAUAAAGGCCAAGAGCGUCAAUUAUUAUUUGAAUGAUGCCAUUCGAGCAAGGCUGUGCGAAACCAGGGCAGAUUAUAAAAAUCCAGUUGGUAACAAAAGCGGAAGCGACAACGGAAUAGAUAUGAGCUUUCUUGAGGAAGAAGAUGGCGGUUGCCUUCCACAGUGCAGAACCAAGGCCGACGGCUCGGAGGGAGGAUUCACCAUUCCUAUUUUGGCAGACUGGCUCGCCAUCGUCGUUAAGGGUAUCUCUUCCUCCUCCGACAAUAAAAAUCUUGAGGCUAUACUGCUUCGAGAUGUUAUAAAAGCUACAGAAAAGGCAGACAUUUCUACUGAGAUGGAAAGCCAAGGAAAAAGCUAUGUGCGACGAUUCGUAAUGAAGAACCUCCGAUGCGCAGGGUACGAUGCAUGUAUUUGCAGGUCGCGGUGGAAGCAAGUUAACAACUACCCUGCAGGUCAUUACGAAUACAUUGAUGUGAGUACGGAGGCGCCUUCUUUGAACCACAAUAGCAACGAUCGUUUGAUGGUGGACAUCGAUUUCAGGUCGCAAUUUGAGAUUGCUCGGCCCUCGGCAGAGUACAGUGCGCUGCUACAAAUUCUGCCGAGUUGCUUUGUGGGAAGGGCAGAUCAACUCCGUGCGAUGAUCAAGAUCAUGUGUGACGCGGCCAAAAUAUCGCUGAAAGCGGAAGGAUUGCACCUGCCGCCAUGGAGGAAAUAUCGUUACGUGGAAGCCAAAUGGCUGGGCCCCUCCACGCACCCCCUUCCUCCCAUGUGUUAGAUGACGAAGGGCGAAGGCUGGCAUUUUCUCAAGCUGGGUAGAUGACGAGAAAGUUCAUCUUAUUAUUUUUUAUAAGAUGAUCGGCCCAUCUACUCAAAAUCUAAAAUUAUGAGAAUCGUAAAGCUGUUUCUGGAGACAAUCAUGAAUGGAAUACCAGCUAGAAAGAUUUGACAGUCGAACGACUAGAUUUUCUGCAAACUAAUCUUUAUAUACCUCACCAAUUGUCCAUCAGAACAAGUAAUCCAGGCGACGACCAAAAAUCUAAACUUCCUUGGCUUCUACAGUCAUCUAAAUUCGCGGCAUAGUUGUAAUUAAUAUGGGUGUAUCGCUGCUCUAUCUACUUUGGACGUCUUUUCGGAAAGUUGAAUCUCCAAUUCAAAGGCUAUGAAGAGCCGCCACCGACAGAACACAACCAAAUUUAUUUUCUGUCAGAUAUUCUACUACUCUCGUGUGAGUUAGGAAGAAAAAAAAGACAUUAAGUUGUAUUAAUUUCAAAUAUCAUAAUUAGAAAAGACAAUUAUCCAUU